AUGGAGCGAGACUCGCUUGCUUCGGAAGAUCAGGGCCGAGCCCAGGAAGCGCCGCAGCCUGAGCAGCUAUUGGAAGCAGCAGCAGCGCACAACACUGAGGCUUUAGAAUCACUUGUUGCGCAUCUUGAAGGAGGGAUCGAUAUGCCAAAUAGUGAAGGCUUUACUGCCUUGCAUUUGGCUGUCUUGCGCCGCAAUGUGGCGGCUGUUGAGGUUCUACUUUCCAAUGGUGCCGAUGUGGAGGCUACAGCCCCUAAUGACCGAAGACCCCUCCACAUGGCGGUAGACGAGAGGAGUUCCGAUAUUGUUCAGCUUUUACUGAGUCAUAAUACGGUCCCUGAUGCAAAGGCACAAGGCUUGGCACCACUUCACUCGGCUUUGCUGCACGCCGACGUUGACAUUACUCGGCUGCUACUCGAAUUUGGGGCUGAUAUCAAGGCUUGGACAGAUGAUGGCCGGGAGCCACUUUUCCUUGCAGUUGACGGGGGGAACGCAAGCAUCGUCAAACUUCUUCUGGACUCCCGCGCCGACCCUAACACAAUAUACACAGAAUGCCCUCGCACCGCUCUUCAUUUGGCAUGCGAUCGUGGCAACCCUGGUAUUGUGAAGACACUGCUCGAGUAUGGGGCCAAUGCGAAUGCCUUAAUUGAUGCAAACGAAGGAACACCGCUGUUUUAUGCUGUCGCUUCUGGCAGCACAGAGACUGUAAAGCUUCUGCUGCAGGGGGGAGCUAAAACCCACAUUUGGAGAUCUGAUGGCCAGUCAGUUCUCGAUCUAGCGGAAGACAACGAAGAGAUGCUCAAGCUUUUGGAGGGUCAGAGAAUCCUGAAAGGGCCUCGGAUUCGAGGCUUUGAUGUUGAAGGUGGCUCAGAACAGCCUUUCACGGUUUUGAGGCCUCAUCCAGCACCGACUGAGGGUGACCGAAACAAAGUGGAUGCCUGCCAUGGGUUUGAUGCAUUCAUCAUAGACUUUUUCACUGAAGGAGAACACGAGCAGUUUAUCCCGCAGACGGUGUCCGUUUACGAGCUUCUGUACAGCGACGGCCCAGAGUUAAUAAAAAGGCAUCUUGAAGAUGGCAGUGAGCCAAGCUUUACGUGGUAUCAUCUUCCAUCAAACAACAUGGUCUGGAUUGAGAGUCUUAUUAGACGUCUUGCAGCCGAAAAAGGCAAUGUAUCCGCGGAGGUAUAUGAUAGCGCGAAGGUGGACCUGGAGUUAUCCGCGUCCGAACCAAACGCAAAGCCCAAAUCAUUUGCGGCAUCCUUCUCAGCCAUGCGGCCACACUGCCGACGUGUACCUGGCCAUAGCAUUUCCCCCUUAACAGAUGGGAGAGACGGUAUUGUGUCCUUUGUACCGUUCUUACACUUUGAGUCUUAUAGCGGAUAUGAGGCAAUGAACACGGCACUGAAGAAACGAUUGGUUGAACGACCUAGGCGGCCCAUUCUUGAAGUUCCUAGGCCACCCACACCUCUACUAAACACUGGGGGAAGAGACGCUUCACCCACGGUGAAGAAUCAGCGUCGUCCAACAGUCGAACCUCAUUUAUCCACUUCUGACGAUCUAGCUGGUUCUAGCAACAUCUCGAUCGACAAUGCUUCAGAAAGAGGCUUUGGCUCGCGGUUAAAAGCUACUCUCAAGUCGCUGAAUGAUAGAAUCAGUAAUUGGGGGUGGCAAAAGCCGCACCACAACAGCAGAUCAGCCACAGACAUGGAUCUAGAGAGUGGGUCCAGAAACUCUGACAAUAAUCAUGAUCAAUUAGAAAUGGAGGCUACCACUGAGCCCAGGGUCGAAAAUGAGCAAACGCAUCCGACGAUGAAGAAUGAACCCCAGUCGGCGAUGCAGCAGAUAGCCCCCAACAAUGGUUCUGUAACAGCUAGUCAAGAAAUCCACGACACUGCCGAAGCGAUUGAUCUUCCUCCCGUCAGAGGGCCGCCAUUGGAUAGCGCUAGCGAUGGCCUUACCAGAACGGAACAUGCAGGGGCCCACGAUUCUGGGCACAGCACACCGACAAGGCUGAUGCCUUUUGAGAUUGGCUUUCACGGCCAAGACCCAGGGCUAUCAGGGAAGUUUGAUUCUAAUGAGGCACAUGAGCAAAGCCGCCCAGAGAGCACAAAGAUAUCACAGGUACUCAAAAAGCACAAGAAGAAAAAGCAUCGGCACCCCCUGCCUCCGCAGAACCUCCAUGAGUAUCUUAUCCGGGGAUACCUUUCUCCCGGGAAACAGGGCUUUCAACCACGUCGUACGCUGGAUCAAUAUGUUUAUGGUCAUAUUGAAACAACUUCCCAUCGUGAUGAUGACCAGGUCGUCUAUCGCUAUACAAGUUCUCAGCUACUCCCUGAUCCUAAGAUAAUUAUGGUGGAUCAACUAUGGCUAUGGGUCCUUGGCGACGACAUAAUCAUUUCCUGCAGCCCCCUUCGAUGGGAAUCCUGGCUACCAAAGGAUUCACAUCAUACAAAUGACCCAGUCACAGAGGUUCCAAGGCAAACAUUUUUUCGGAAGUGGUUUGCUAACGUAGUUCACAAAGCUCCAGCUGUACCAAAAUCGCAAACCGCAGCUGAACAGGUGCCUGUAAGCAAACAACGAGAGACUAGAGGCGUGAUGCCAAACAAAACUACGAUGGAGAACAACAGAUGGCCGAGAUUGAACGUAGACGAUCCACUCAAUGUUCCUCAUAUACUUACCCAGCGCCUGUCGAAGCCAGGCCGAAGAGCGGUUGGUUCGGUUCACGACCUUGCAGGGCUUAUAACAACAUGUUGCGUUGAACUGUUAGAUCCCCACCAGGUUGACGAAGAACUUCUAUUUUUCGACUUUUUUGAACGGUCAAUUGUACAAGUUAAUGAGAACGUAGCGAACUAUUUAAGAGAGUUCAAAGAAGCAAUCAGCGAAGAAAACCAACAGUUGACGAGCAUUGCCAAAGAGAUAGAGUUGAUGAUAGAGAUCGACGAUAUCGUGGACGAACUUCACACUCUGAAGCUUGUCCUGACUGAUCAGAAAAUGGUUAUUAAGGAGCUCAACUUCAGCCUCAAGGACAUUGCGGGAAGAAGCAGUAGAGGCCCUUUAGUUGAGGCGAGAACUUUGGAAAAUCAUCUAUUACGCAUAGACCAUAUGGAAAAGACGGCCAAGAAGGCAGAAAAACUACUGCACCGUCUGAUGGACCUAAAACAGAAGCAGGCCAGUUUAAGCGAGGCUUUAUAUGCUAGAGCAUCGGCGAGAGACACAGCUAAGCAGGGGAAGACAAUUGUUGUCUUUACCGUAGUAACUAUUCUUUUUUUGCCCGUGUCUUUCAUAGCAGCUAUAUUUGCAAUUAACUCUAAUGGGUUCCCUCUCGAUAAAGAUGAACGGAUCCCAUUCGAUUAUCUUAUAAAGCGCAUACUGGCUAUUGGCCUAGGUAUUUCUCUUGUGCUAAUUACCAUUGCAUUUAACGUCGAUAAGAUAGCUGGUUGGCUGAAUUCUAUCAGAGAUAGUUUGGGCCAUUCAGUGCGCCAUUCAAUUCUGGUAACUUCUGCUGGUUUGACUGUUCUUUUGGCGACUUUGGGACCAGUGUGGACGUCUGAGUUAACUUCAGGUGUCAAAGCGGCAGUAUCGAUUACAGCGGCUAUCGUUGCGUUCGCAUUAGCCUCUGGAUACUUAAUACACAGGCUGAAUCAUGUGGCAUGGUUAGCGAUCUCUAGUGCAACUACUUCAAGUAGUGUUUUGUCAAGAUAG